CUUUUGGCGCUUGCGUACUGAUUUCGACAACACUCGGGACGGACACGCCGCUGUCCCUCUUUUUUUUACGUUGUCUCUUUUUUUUUAAGUAAUCUCUUUUUUUUCUUUUUUUUCUAAAAAAAAAUUACACGUAUACAAAACAAUUUUUAAUCGCCACAUAACAACCGAGUCGUUCAGUUUUCUAAUACCUACGUACCUAUAAUAAUAUACACACCUGAAUAUUGUAAUAUUUUCCGCCACGUUUUCAAUAUUCUAUCGACGUUCCAUAGAAUUUUUCAAUUUUUAAGAAGGUAAUAUAUUAUUAUAAAUUGUCUAUUUUUUUUUUGUUUUUUUGCCAUUUUAAUAAGAAUAUAAUAAACUAUUCUCGAAUAAAAUAUAUUAUUAGUUUUAUAUAAAUAGUUAAAUGUUAAAAUUGCUAUGCAUUGUAAAUUUACAAUAUUCUAUGUAACUACGACCUGCAAUAUUAAUAUAUACUUAGUGUAAUAGACACGUAUAUAUAUAUAUAUAUAAGGUAUGUAUAUAUAUAUACCGUAUAUAUAAGGUAAGUAAAUGCUUAAAUCUACUUAAAUCUUAUAUUUUGUCACAACGCGUAUAAAAACGUGUAUUUAAAAUGUAACUGUAUGGUAUAUUUAGUUAAAUUAGUAUUUAGUAUUAGGAUUUUAUUUGAACAAUUUCAAAUAAAAAAUGGUUAACUUGACUAACCUGUUUAUAUAUUAUUCAUAUGUACCUAUAAUAGUAAUUUAUAGUAAUAUCUAUAUCUACCUAAAAUAUCUUUCGUUUUGAUCAGCAGUACUCAAUAUAAUUAUUUUUAUUAAAUUUUAAUAGGUGUACUGCUAAAACAAAAUUCAUACAAAAAAUUAAACUAAUUUGAUUAUAACAAUAAUAUGUGAGAAGUUUAAAGUUUUAAAUUGUUUAAAUAUAUAAUUUAUACGAUUCUACGACAUACACGUAAUACGUUUUUAAUAAGUAGGUAUACUUAUACUAAUAAAUUUAUUAAUAAAUUAAAAUGUUAUAGGAAAAUAUUUUAACAAUGACAUAACGGUCUUUAUGAAUACCUACCAACUUCGACAAGAAUCGUGUAUACCUACCUACCCAACUACUUACAUUUUUUAGAUUCUGAGUGGAGCGAAGAAGCUUAUGCUUUUACAAUUUUUUAGAUUCCAAGCAUAGUGAGGGAACUAUUGGUUUUACAAUGCUGUUUAUUUUUUGUUUUCUUCUAGUCUAUGGACACGUUUUUUUCUAGUAUAGGUGCAGCACAUUUUCUGAAAGCGCAAGAAGUCUAGAUUGUACUUUAAAAAGGUAAUUUUUUGAUUUUCGACGCCAUUUUAUAAAUAAAAGCACUUAAGUGAGAAAAAAACGUAGGAAAACGUACAAUUUCACGAUUUCAUUAUUUUAUAAAAACACGGACGUUUUCUAUCAGAAAAAAUAAUUUAAUCGAAAAAUCACAGAUUUUUGAUUUAAUUUCUUACGGUAUAAUCGCCAAAACUUUUAAGCCAGUUUUGAACUUUUAAAGAAUUAAAAUUUUUGGGAGUUUUUUACUGUUAUUUUGUUAUAAAUACACGUAGAGAUUUUAAACUUGAUAAUAAUACUUAUAUUGGACUUACCUAAACGUGGUAAAAUUUCCAAAAUCAUCGGACAACUUUUUUUCUUUUUUUUACAAUGGUACUUUAUUAUAAUUUUUUUUUUUUCAUAUAUACUGUAUAUCACUUUUAUCCUAGAAAACUUGCUCCAAUGUAUAAGUGUAGCACCUUUUCUGAAAGACAAUUUUAUCUACUUGGUAAAUACAUAGGUUACUUUUUGAUUUUCGAAACGGUCUUUAAAAUAAAAACGAUUAACCGGGAAAAAAUUGCGAUUUUUCACGAAUUCGUUAUUUUUAAAUAAGUACCUACUACGUUUUCUAGCACAAAUAUGACUCCAAAUCAAAAACAAUAAGAAACCUUUUUGUUGAAUUAUUAAUCUUGUUUUACAUAAUGCAGGUCGUUUUUUUGAUUUUCAAAAUAGUUUUCAUAAUAAUCGGGAAAAAAAAAUGUAUUACCGAAUUGCGCUCGGAAUUAUCUUUCGUCAGUAAUAGGUUACCUCCCAACUUCUCGCCUAUAACAGUGGCCGCUCUCAUACCCAGUAUCAGCUCUUUUUUUUUCUGUAGACAAUUUUUCUACCAGCAAUUUCGCUCCAAUUUACAAUUAUAACACUUUUUCUAAAAGGAAUUCUGACUGGGGAAGUACUUUAAGGAAGUCAUUUUUUAAUUUUCUCAGUAGUUUUCCCAUUAGAUGUGAAAAAUCGGAAAAUCUUAAAAAAAAAACGGAAAAAUAAAUACAAUAUUAAACAAAUAUUAUUAAAGAAAAUAUAUAUAAAGUAUAACAAUGAUUUGGCCAAAAUUUGUCAAUAGGGAAGGGGCCAAAAAAAACUAUAAGCUAUAUCUAUAAUUUCCAGGUUACAUUGGCUAGUUAUUUCAAUAAUACAAUCAACAACCGCAGACGUCACUGUUCUUGGCCAAAAUUUUAUCCUUUCCUUUUCGGGCCAUUGUCUUUUUACAGCCAAAACUUAGCUUUCUCUUAUCAGCCAGUGCUAAUAUAAAAUAUAAUAUUUAAUUUAUCAAACAUAUUUUAUAUUUAUGAUUUUUUCACAGUUGUAUGUAAUAUGUAGUAAUUAUCUUUGAUCAUUAAAAAUUUAAUUUUUUUAAUUUUGGACAUAUUCAUGAGGAUAUAUUUUAAUAUUUUAAUUUUAAAUAAAACUGUACUAUUUAGGGUUGGCAACUUUAAAAUUAUGUGACGUAGGACAAAUUUUUUCAUGUAUUAUUUUAUAUCAUAAUUAGUAAAAUAAAAAAUGUAAUGUCGGUAUAAUAGGUAAUAAUAAACGGUUUAAUAAAUAAUUUUCUACAUUUUAUUUAUACCUUUUUAUUUCUGAUUUUUAUUUACUCUUUUAACUUAGAAAAUUCAGCUAACAUUCUUACAAUUUACUAUAAUUGCAAAUUAUUAGUUAAUAGGUUAGUAUAUAUUUUAAUAUUUAUAAAUUACAACGUAUAAUAAAAUAUUACCUAUAUUCUAAUAACAUUUUGUUUUUGACAUAGUAAAUAAAAUUUAACAAAUUUGUAACAAGUUAAGAUAAAGUCACAAGUGCAACUAAGGGGAUGCUAGAGGUUCUUUAGCACCCCCAAGUUUAAAAUUAGCAUUCCCAAAAAUACCCAAUAAGUUCUUUUAUAGUAUUUCAUAAUUAAUAAGCAGAACAAAAUACAAAUGACCUACAGACAAUGCAUGUGUGUAUAAAAAACAAAGUUAAACAAUUUUAAAUAAAAUAUGUAGUUUCUUAUUAUAAGUAUUGUGUAAAGGCGAUUGCGGGGGUAUUUUCUCUAUGGGUUUGUGAUUUUUCUAUAAUUUUAGCACCCCCUAGGUUGGUGGUCUAGUUGCGCCUAUGAAUAUAGUAGCAUAUCAUUAUUUAUUAUCUUAAAUUAUACAAUAGUAGGUAUAUAAGGGAUAAACGAUAACUUAAUACAAUUAAAAGACAUAAUAAUAAAAUAUUAAAAGGUAUUUUUUCAUUAACCUUAAACUAUAUAAUCUAUUCAAGUCUGUACAUUGUAUUUAAAAUAUAGAAUGGAUCUACAUAAAGUUUAAAGCGUUGUUGGUUGUAAGACAAAUCAAACCAAUGUAAGACAUCCCUCCUCAAUAUAAAACGAUUGGCAACCCUAGUACUAUCUGAAAAAAAGACACUGGGCCAAAAGGGACAUUGGACAAAAAGGAAAUUUUAAAAUUGUGUCAUAUUGUAGGUAUAAGGUACAACCUAGCUAGCUAAGUAAUUAUUAUUUAUAAAUUUACUAUUUAAACAUUAUAAAUUCAUUCAAAAGUGGUUCGGACAUAGGUUUCGUUUUAAACAAGAAAAUGUUCAGAAUAUGUUCAGUUUUUUCAUAUGUAUCGACUCUGUAAACCUAUAAUCGACACAUAGUCACAAAGGUACCAACACAUUUAGUUGUUAAUUUCUCUGACUAAAAUGCAAACAAAUUUCAAUUAAAAAAAAUAAGGAGAUAUAUAAAUAAUAGACACUAAAAACAAGUCAGUGGAGAUAUUAAAUCCCCCUAAUCUUCUUUCGUAAAUACGCCUCUGUUAAAUUCAGGGCUGGAUCAAGGAGGGGUGUUAGGGGGGCUAUAUCCCCGGACCGUAAGUUGAAAGGAUCCACAUAAUACGUGUUUUUGUUAGUGACAUUUGUUUUGUUUUUAUACGAAUCUUUUGCUGACCUUUUUUGUUUAUUAAUUUUUAGCCCCGGGUCCCCAUAACCCAUUCCUGGUUAAAACUUGUUUAUUCCUUGCAACACUUAUGAAAUAUAUGAGUAUAGAUAGGUACCAAUAUUACCUGUUAUACUAAACUGUAUUUUACUUGCAACUUACAAGAGUAUUGUUAUUAAGUAUUAAAUGCCGUUUACUUUACAUAGGUACCUACACUAGUGGACAUCUAGGAAUAUUUUCAGAGAGGAGCACUCAAAUAGGUGGUAAUAUUCCUGACCUGUUCCCCUUAAAUAUUUAUAACCAUGUAUAUAAUAUUACCUAUUUAUUCAUAUCAAUGUAGGUAAAAAUAAUGGUCGUUAAAAACCACCCUCAUCUGACGCACCCCUCACGGCAAAAUUAUUUUACCAUCAAUGUUCUAAAGACAUUUAAACACUGGUGAUUGCUAGUUGGAGAGAUGGACUAACAAACAAUUAUUUUAAGAUUUUUCAACACCUACUAUCUGGCUAAAAUAACUAAUUUUAAGAUAGAUAGGUACUUAUUAGAUAUGGGUAGUUUAUUUCACCGGGACUUCAGAAAUAUAGACAAAUUUACUUUUUGCCAUAGACAAUUAACUGCAUAUUUUCAACGAUCAGCAACUAAUGCAAAUAAUAAGAAAAAAAAUAAAUUAUACCUAUCUACUUCACUAUAAAAUAUUAAUUGAUGAUAGAUUACUAUAAUGAUGAAAAAAUAAUACAAAUAGUUAAAAUUUUUAAAACGUAUAGUGCAGAUACUACUCACAGAUUACAGAUACUCAUACCUACCUAAUACAUAUAAUAUAGGUAUUAUAUUAUUCUGUAACAUCUGUAAUUGUAUACCUGGUAUAACUAUUAAUUUAUUAUGCAGGUGAACAUUUUAAACUCAAGGUUUAUAUUAUAAUACCUAUCCAAAGCUAUGCAAUAAUAUAUUAUAAUAUAUUCAACAAACAUCGAGUUGAAGUAGUUCGGAAUCAUAGGUGGGUGCGACAAAAUAAAUAUUAUGUUUAAAAUGUAAAUAUUAUCAUUCAGAUUUCAGUUGGUAGCCCAUAGUUGGUUCAAUCUGAUGAUGCGAAUUUAUAACGAGUAAAUAUUGUACACGUACAUAGAAUUUUUUACACUACAAUAAUACAAACAAUAAUAAAUAGUAGUCUAUACUACGUUUCAUCAGCUGUUGGCACAGUUCACUAGGUUCAUGAUAAUACUUUCAUGAUCGUUAUCAUUGUUACAACUCGCAAAAUAUUGUUAUUCGUGUUUACCACCAGAAAUAGUGUAUCUAGUCCAAAUUUGUCGUGUCACUAUUGUUUUAUAGUUUCGUUCAAAUUAUAAUUAUAUUGAAACUAUUUCAUUUAAUUGUUGUUUUUUGACAAAAUACAAUAUUGUUGGCUAUUACCUAUUAUUAUAAUAACAGGUAUCAUUUUCAAAGUAGUUUGUAUGUAAUAUUUAUGUAUUGUUUGGAUAGCUAAUGUUUUUAUUUUACUGUAGAUUAUAUUGUUGACAUCUGUUGUUCUAUCAUGAGUGAGAACGAUCCUUGUGAAUGCUUUUGGAAUCAUGAACUGUCUAUGCAACGUCUACUGUCAUUGGUAAGACAAAAUAUAAUAUAUUGCAGGUUUAUAAACCAAAUUUUUAAAAUAAUAAUGUUUACUAAUUAUUAUUAUUAUUAUUAUUAUUAAUAAUAAUAAUAAUUAUUAUUAUUAUGUAAUUAAUGUUUAACAAAAUUGUUUUACCAAAAGUAAUUGUUAAAAUACCUAAUAUAUGAGGAGGUUAAUCCAUAGUGGUGUAAGUCACAUUAAUUAAAAUUUGAGGAAUAAAAAGUUUUGUUAAAAGUUCUAGAAUAUCCCAUGUGAAAUUAUCACCUGGGUGAUCAAAUCAAUCAUUUUAGAUGGGUAUGAAGCAAAUACUGGGAAGACAAUUUUCAGAAAAUUUUCUAUCUGAUAUGAUUAUUAAGGGUGAAAAAUAACUUAAACCACUAUGCUAUUCGACUAUUAUAAUUUCUCAUGACUUACAUCGCUAUGUAUAAGUGGUAAAAAGCAUUAAAAGAGCUUUAAUAGCAUCAAUGCAAAAUUUAGGUUUCUAUUAUGAUCAGUACACGAAUCACUGUACAAUACAAUAUGUUUGAAUAUGGAGUAAAAUAACAUAAUAUCAUACGUUGAUAACAACAAAUAAAUUACAAUUACACUCAUAAUGGUGUACGUCAACCGAUUCGUUCCCAUUCAAAUAUUUUCCUGCCAUCUUGUAGUAAUUGUGAGUUAUGACUUAAUUCACUUUGACUAUUGAACAAUUACUUUUAAAAAAUGUGUAAAGUACUUAAAUCAAUUUUGACAAAAACUUGACUUACACCACUAUAGCUUUAACCCCCUCAUAUGCACAGAUAUAGAUAUUUCUUAAUUAAUUGGACGGCGUUGUGGAUGGACCCAGAUUAGAUAUGGCAUACAGAAUAACUAGAAUAAUAGCACCAGUGUUUGACACUAUAACUUUUUUUUGGCAAUUUUGUAUUUAAUAUGUUAUAGAAUUUGAACUUGAAGUCAGUUCGACUGUCACCAACAAAAUUUUAUCUUACAAGCAAUUUGAUUCAAUUUAAUAAGUAAUUGAUUUUCUGAACCCAAACAAUUUAUUAAAUUAAAAGUUAGAUAACUAUUAUUCAGUUGUGCCUGUCUAUUAGUUACUGUAUACUUUUAGUAUAUGAAUAAUCUGUCAUUCAGAUAGAUAAUAAUGAGACACAAAUAGAGAAGAAUACAUUUUCAUUUGAAUAACCAUAAAAUGAUUUAAGGAACAAGUGGAUACACUAUAGUUCACCAAUGGUACAUAUAAAAGCAAUAAAAUGCUUGCCAUGUUUUGAAAAUACACAGCCUUAAAAGCUGCAGAUAUUACUGAACUAUAACAUAACAUAUUUGGAGAAAGGAAGGCUGUAUUUUAAUUAUUUGGUUAGAUAAAAUAAAAUAUUUUUAUAACGCUCAUACGUGUUGAACAAAUCAAAUUUAGAUUUUUAAUAUGUAAUUUUUUUAUUUUUUUACAUACAAAUUUAUUUUUCAACACUUAAAAUAUGCACCACACAAUUUUAAAUCAUGAAUAGAACUCGUUAAAUAACAUAAUGUAAUACUAUUAUAUGAUAAUACUAUAAUAAAAUGUAUUUAUGUUUAUUUUUAUAGCUCCGCCAGUCACAGUCAGCAUGCACAGACAUCGAUUGCUUAGACUCAGGUAAAUAUAAUUAAUUCAGAAUUAUUUUAGUGAUUUUUUUUAAAGCAUUUAUAGUUUUAUACUAUUAUUUCAGUAUUAACCCAAUAAGUAUUAGAACAUUUUUACUUAUUACUUCUUACUGAAUAUUAAGUGUAUUUUAACAAUUUAGUUUUGGUACUAUAUAAGAAUUUGUUAAUUCUUUAUUCUAUAUUUUAAUUAAUGAAAAAGGCUUUUAUUUAAUGACAAAUAGUUAUAUGCUUUUUAUAAAUUUAUAUAAAAAAUACGCAAUCUGAAAUAAAAUUAUUUUACAAUAAGCGUAUGAGAGAUAAUACAAAUAAGAAUUCUACAUUAGUAAACAGGAAAAUAUGUAUUCAAGAUUUGAAAAGUAUGUAAUUUUAAUCUAUUAUUUUAUUUUUAUAGUUCAACGAUUAGAUGGACCAUUGGCAUCAAACAGUGAAGAUUCUAACUUUAUCUUAUUAAGUGGAAUGUGGAUUUUAGUUGCUUUGGCCUUGUACUUUUUGCGUCCUAAUCCUGCUCGUAAACAUGAUGAUACUAUUCAAAAGUUACCAGGUGGUGGAUCUGGCAAUAGUGGAUCAGAUGUAUGAAAUUAAUUAAAACAAUUUAAAUCAAAUAAGUUUAUUUUAUAAUAGUAUUAAUUUUCUAUUUACAGGAUCCUCCGCCUCCAACAAUGGGUACUCAGUGAUAAGCAAUGAUAUAAUAUUUGAACGAUACAUUCUUUAAGCAUUUUGAGCUCGCUCAAUGUCAAAUUCCCUUCCAUUAUUACUCCACCGAUAAUCACUAAUCACAUAAAUUUAAGAACUUUACAAUUUUAAUUGAAAUUUCCCACUUGACUGACUAAAGCCACUGCACUAAUGUAAAAAAUUUAUUUGUUUUUAUAUUACGACAAAAACAUAUUACAUAACAUUAUAAAAUAUUGUAUUAAAUACGCACAUAAAAGAUGAUUUUUGUUUCUUUGUCCAUUAAUUGAUGAUUAAUUAUUAUUAAUAUAAUAUAGUUGGUGUUUUGUGUUAGUUAAGUGGAAAAUACUAUUGUAAAUUAUAACACAACACUUUACAUUGUUAUCUAUAUGCAGUAAUGAGGAAAGAAUAUUAUGUACAGAAAUGUAUAUUUAGUGUUUUGGGUGUGAAUUGAUUGAAUUGUGAUAGCAGAAAUUAUUGUUUCCUUUUAUUUUAGAUCUUAUUUUAUUAUGUUAAAUAUUUUAAUAUAUUUACUAUUUACAUCUAUAUGAAUUGAUGAAAAA